AUGUUUAUUUGACAGACAAGAGAAGAAGAAAUUAUAGCACGGGGAAACACCCCCUUGUUUUUUUUUUUUUCCCUUAUACUAUGUCUACAUAGGUAGAAUCAUAACAUUGUUCCCUCUAUUAAUGUUGGUGAUGUUUAAUUAGAUGUCCUUCAUUUUCUAACUUAUAAUGAGCUAGAUAGCUUUCAUGAAUGAUAAUAUAAGAGGUCUUGUUAGAAACUAGCACAUAAUUAACUUCCUUUAAUGCACACUAAAGUCAAUUGGUGGACUUGAACUCUCAUAUUCCCAGCCGCUCCACAGAAAACUCAGAAACCCUAGAGUGAGAGAGAGAGCAGCUCAAAAUGCCGGCUGGACAUGGUCUCCGAUCACGAACCAGAGACUUGUUCUCUAGGGCCUUCAGGAAGAAGGGUUACAUCCCACUCUCGACUUAUCUGAAGACCUACCGGAUCGGCAAUUUCGUCGACAUCAAGGUCAAUGGCGCCAUCCACAAGGGUAUGCCCCACAAGUUCUACCACGGCCGCACAGGUCGCGUCUGGAACGUCACCAAGAGGAUCCAUGUGCUUGUGGAGCAUGUGCAGCCAUCAAGGUGCACUGAAGAGUUCCGUUUGAGGAAGGUGAAGAACGAUCAGCUGAAGGCAGAGGCCAAGGCUAAGGGUGAGGUCAUCAGCACUAAGAGACAGCCAAAGGGUCCCAAGUCCGGUUUCAUGGUUGAAGGUGCAGUUAUGGAAACUGUUACUCCCAUUCCUUAUGAUGUUGUCAAUGAUCUUAAGGGGGGUUACUAGGUCUACAUUUGCUUGGCUUUGUUCACCAUCCGGACUAAUUGGAUGUCUCUUUAGUCUGUCCUCUUAUAAAUUUUUGAGAUAUUUUUAUUUGCUGCAGAAGUACUGCUCUAGUUUAAUUAAUGUGUUUUGACACGUGAUGUUUUGAAGUACAAUCUUGUGCGAAUCUGGAAAUUUUCUUUGCAUUAGGUCAAUGUUUUUGAAAUAAAAAAUAAUAA